CGGAAGUGGUUGCUUCUGGGUCAGGGCGCAGGCGCAGUCCACACGCGGAGCUGCGCGAGGCUGGGUGAACACCGCGGUCGGGAUAGGGGCGCCGAGCUAGGGGAGGCCGUCAUGUCCGACAACGAGGACAAUUUUGAUGGAGAUGACUUUGACGAUGUAGAGGAGGAUGAAGGGCUAGAUGACUUGGAAAAUGCUGAAGAGGAGGGUCAGGAGAACGUUGAGAUUCUCCCCUCUGGGGAGCGACCACAGGCCAACCAGAAGCGAAUCACUACUCCAUAUAUGACCAAGUAUGAGCGAGCACGCGUGCUGGGUACUCGAGCGCUCCAGAUCGCGAUGUGUGCCCCUGUGAUGGUGGAGCUGGAGGGAGAGACAGACCCUUUGCUCAUCGCUAUGAAGGAACUCAAGGCCCGAAAGAUCCCCAUCAUCAUUCGCCGCUACCUGCCAGAUGGGAGCUACGAAGACUGGGGGGUGGACGAGCUCAUCAUCACCGACUGAGUGGAACUACCCAGACUGCGCCUGGGUGCCCUUUACUUUAUACAUGUAAAUAAUAAACUUCACCUUCUUAUUAACCCUUGA